UUCAGUGGAUCAUUGCCUUGCACCCUAUGUCUAAGCCAGAGCUGUGCUCUACAUUUGAAGACGUGUGAGCAAAUAAACUGACAAGUAUUCAACCCCAGAAGAUGGGAAGUAGAAUUAGUUCGGAGAGCAAGGAGUCAGCUAAAAGAUCAAAAGAACUGGAGAAAAAGCUUCAGCAAGAUGCUGAACGAGAUGCAAGAACUGUAAAGUUGCUGUUAUUAGGAGCAGGGGAAUCUGGCAAAAGUACUAUCGUUAAACAAAUGAAGAUCAUCCAUAAGAAUGGCUACAGUGAACAAGAAUGUAUGGAGUUCAAAGCAGUAAUUUACAGUAAUAUAGUGCAAUCCAUUCUAGCUAUUGUAAAAGCCAUGACUACGCUUGGGAUUGAUUAUGCCAAUCCAAAAAGUUCAAAAGACCAAAGAGAGCUCUAUGAGAUGGCAAGUGUCCUGGGAGAUGGUGGCAUGAUGCCCGAGUUGGCUGAGGUGAUAAAACGACUAUGGGGAGAUCCAGGAGUUCAAGCCUGUUUUGAACGAGCAUCAGAGUAUCAGCUCAAUGACUCAGCAGCCUACUACCUUAAUGAUUUAGACAGAAUAACAGCUCCUGGGUAUGUCCCAAAUGAACAAGAUGUUCUUCAUUCUCGGGUGAAAACAACUGGAAUCAUUGAAACUCAAUUCUCCUUUAAAGAUUUGCACUUCAGAAUGUUUGAUGUAGGUGGACAGAGAUCAGAGAGAAAGAAAUGGAUUCACUGCUUUGAAGGAGUUACAUGCAUUAUAUUUUGUGCUGCACUCAGUGCCUAUGAUAUGGUGUUGGUGGAAGAUGAAGAAGUGAACAGAAUGCAGGAAAGCCUUCACCUGUUCAACAGCAUCUGUAAUCACAAGUAUUUCGCAACAACCUCCAUUGUUUUGUUUCUAAAUAAAAAAGAUCUCUUUCAAGAAAAAAUAACCAAAGUGCAUCUUAGCGUCUGCUUUCCAGAGUACACUGGGCCAAAUACAUUUGAAGAUGCAGGGAACUACAUCAAGAAUCGGUUUCUAGAUCUGAAUUUAAAAAAGGAAGACAAGGAAAUUUACUCCCACAUGACCUGUGCUACAGAUACCCAAAAUGUCAAGUUUGUGUUUGAUGCAGUUACAGAUAUAAUUAUCAAAGAGAAUCUAAAAGACUGUGGGCUUUUCUAAUCUAUUUUUUCUCCCACUGUUGUUCAGGUAUGCUUUUCAAUAUAUAAAAUGUGAUGUUAUUUGUUUAAUUUGAAUAGACAUUAACUUUCUAGAAAUAAAACUAGUUAUGAAACACAAUGUUUUCACUUAAGAAAUUUAAUGUAUUAUCACUUACAUCUGGUACUGAUAUGAAUUGUUACAGUUACCAAAAUCUAUCAGUGACACUGAAUUUGCUUGGAAAUAAACUUCCGUGUUAGGGCCUAUUUUAAAUUCCAGAACAAUGAAAAAUGCAGCAUUAUUCCUUUUUUGUUUUUGUAUUACCAAAUUUUGAGGCAUUUGAUUUGCAGAGAUGUAACAGUAUCCAUACAGUACAGACUAUUCAAUGAUAAAUGUGCCAUUUUAUUGGCUUAUUUCUCCAAUUUAGUCAAAGAAAAUGUUCACUCUUGAAGGGGAUUUAUGACAAGGAAAUACAUACAAUAUUAUCUCUCCACUUUUCUCAUUAGAAAAAUGUUAAUUUGAAUUAUUUUAAAGUUGAGAAUUUUGAUAAUAAAUCUUUACCUAUCAACUGUGUUAAAGACAGGGAACCAGGUAUGGCCAGGUACACAGCAUAAGGCUGUCCAAACUGAACAGCAGUCCUCAGUGGAGCACUCAUGCCCCACAUCUCAAUCAAGUAAUCACUCAGGCUUAGCGCUAUCAAAUAUAAUAUAAUAUAUAUGAGGAGAAAUAAGUCUUCUAAGUUGGCAUAUGUGUUUUCGGUGUAUACCACUUUAGAAUCACAGGUGGAUGUGUUGGUUAACAUGUGUGGACACUAAAAAUAAAUUAUUUAGGAGAACUCUAGGAGAAAUUGUGAAUAUUCUGACAUAGACUAACUUUAAAAACAAGGUGACCACCCCAUGUUUGGGAUGGUAUAAAUAAUUGGUAAGUAAUAAAACCAAACAAGGCCCUCUUUCCCUUUAGACCUUCCUUAAAAUUCUUAAAAAUACUAUAGCCACAUGGGGGCACACUUACCUUAUGUGUUUUCUAGUAAAUGUUGCAAACAGAAUUAAAUUUGGAUUUCCAAUAACUAAUAAGAUGACCGAAUCCUACUAAGAACCACAGUGCUUUGAGCUCAGUAAUAUAUGUAAUCUUCUGAUAAUUAUACUAUGCACAAUUUUAGUAAAAUUUGUGUAUACAAAGCUAUUGAUAAAAUUCCAAAUUUGCUGAGUGCCAUGUAGACAAUUAGUCUUUUCUCAUGAUCUUUGUAUUUUUGUCAUUUUCAAUCUUUUAAAUCUAUGUAGCCAUUAAUAUUUUAGUGUCAUUUUCCAUUAUUCUGUACUGUAUCUAAAAGUCUUGAUUUGUUUACAGUGAAAGGCAGAAGAGAAAUAAUUUGACGUCUGACAACUGUGUUUUGUA